GGAGGGGGUCCGCAGGGGCCGGGGCCGGCAGGGGGCGCGCGCGGGACGGGGCGGAGCCGCACCUGUGCUGCGGGGCUGAGGGAGGAGAAUGGGGAGGGGGGGCCCCCGGGCCCCGAGCAGCUGCGUGCCCCGCCCCGCGGGCUCCUCCCCGCCGCCGCGGCCCCCAGGCUGCUGCCCCGAUGCGCUGCGCCGGGAGCCGUGGCCGAGUCGCCGCCGCAGCUGCAGGGGCGCCCGGGCCGGGUGACGCCGCUGCCGCCGCGCGCGCCCCUCCCAGACCUUGCAGGCCGCAUGGAGCCCCGGGAGGGCGCCAGCCAGGGAGGCACAGUGAAGGAGGUGGAGGUGCCACAGGCUGCCCUGGGCACCCCAGCUCCUGGGACGGGGACCAGUGGCCACUCGCCUGUGGUCGAGGAGGAGGGGGGCACCCCCGCGCCGGCACCAGGGCUCCUGCAGGUCACGGAGAGGCGGCAGCCCCUGAGCAGUGUCUCCUCCCUGGAGGUGCACUUCGACCUCCUGGACCUCACCGAGCUCACCGACAUGUCCGACCAGGAGCUGGCCGAGGUCUUCGCCGACUCUGACGACGAGAACCUGACCAGCGACUCGCCCACAGGCCUCCACCCGCUGCCCAGGGCCGGCUGUCUGCGCUCCCCUUCUUGGACACGCACCAGGGCAGAGCAGAAGCGGGAGAAGCAGCCUCUGGGCGACCCGGAGCGGCAGCCUGCCGUUGCAGACACGUUUCUGACCGUGGAGAGGCCCAAAGAGGACUAGGCCAGCUGGCCGCAGGGCCGAGGCCCCUGGACACUGCCCACCCCGUGUGGAUCCAGGCUGGGGCCUCAGGGCACCUCAGCAGCAGCUUGGCCCCGUGGCCUUACGUCCAGCCCCUUCCUGGUCCCUGGAUCAGGGACAAUGUUGGGGGAUGAGACGAGAGUGGCCUGGGUCUUCUGGAAACUUCUGUCUGCAGGACUGGUUUUCUUGUCAGCCACCAGACUUCCGGGUGGGUGUGGGGAGAGCAGAGGCACAGAGGGGAGAGGUACCUGGCGCCCUCUCCAGGGUCUCGGGGUUCCAGACUGUGAAGGGCCAUGCCGAGCUCCAGCCACAGAUGAGGGCAGGGCACUCAGUCUGGAAGCUCACCACCGUGACUCCAGCCCUGCCCCCUUCCUGCCGCCCAGGGCAGACCCCCAGCCCUGGUCCCUGUGUGACAGGGACCCUCCCCAGCCCAGGACACCAACCACACCCUGAUACUCAGGCUGCUGGGCAGGGGAGCAGCAGGCAGGGCUCAUCCUCUCCGCCCCUGCCUGACAGUCCCCGUGGCCGCCACACACACAUGCGCGCGCGCGUGCGCAUGGGUCUGCGUCCUGGCCAGCGUUCCAGCCGCUGUGCAAGAGCCCGAGGGGCACCCAGUGCUGCGUACCUGCCAGGGAACAGAACAGGCUCCUGUCGGACAGCAGGUCCAAGAACAGUUUUAAACGAAAGGUGUCCGCUUGCUUUUUGUCCCCAAGGCCACCAGCCCUGAUCCCUUACCCACAAGAACGUUUCUGCAGAAGUGGCUCCUCUGCUGGAGCCUAUGGAGCCCUGGGCACGUGGGGGCCUCUGUGAGCUCCACCAGCCCUGCCAGGAUGGGACCUGGACCGGAUGCCUCUUCUCCACAUGUGAGGGCAACACGGGUUCUUCCCUGCAAACUGACCCGGCAAGGGCAGCACACGUCCCCCCCAACCCAAUUCCUCUCCUUGCUGCAGCUUCUGCAUAACUCACUUCCAAAAAGCAGGAUUAAAACGUCCCCCAUCCCAAGUCUGA